AUGGAGGUAGUUAGACAGAAUUGGCUGGCUGAUAUCACAGGUGACCCCUUAUUGAUGUUCAAACAUAAACUAAAAAGAGUUAAGAUUGCUCUUUCAAAAUGGAGCAAGCUCACUUAUGAGGAUAUCUUUAAACAAAUAGCUUUAAGAGAAGAUGUGGCCAGAGUAAAGGAAAUGCUAUUUGAAGAAGAACCAACAGUAGAGAAUAGAAUUGUACUUCAGAAAGCACAAUCUGAGUUAAAGAGAUAUCUGAUCAUAGAUGAGCAGUAUUGGAAAGAAAAAGCAGCAAUGUCCUGGUUUGUAGAAGGAGACAGAAAUACUAGAUUUUCCCACAAACAUGUCAAUGGUAAAAGGCAAAAGCUCCAACUGAAGAGAAUCCAGAAUCAUGAUGGUAUUUGGAUUGAGUCACAAGAUCAGUUGGCUGAUGCAGCAGUAGAAUUUUACCAGAAGCAGUUUACACAAGAAGAUGACUCUACAUGCUCUAAGCUUCUAAACAAUGUACCUCCAAUGGUGUCUAGUGAUCAGAACAUAGAGCUUUGUAGAAUUUCUACAAUUGAGGAGGUAAAGGCAAUAAUAUUUGCAUUGAGUGGUGAGAGUGCAGGUGGUCCAGAUGGUUUCACAGGCAUUUUCUUUCAAGAAAGUUGGGAUAUAAUAGGGGAAGAAUACAUGAGAUGCUGA